CAAAGAUAUCAAUUAAACCAAAAUGUUACUCCCUCAUAUCACUGUCUUCUUUCUUGUGGUUGGAACUUCUAGAUCAUCAGACACCAUAGCUGUGCAUCAAAACAUCUCUGAUGGUCAGACUAUUGUUUCGGCGAACGCAAAAUUUGAGCUGGGUUUCUUUAGCCCGGGAAGUUCCAAAAAUCGGUACCUGGGGAUAUGGUAUAAGAACACAUCACCUCAAACAACGAUUGCAUGGGUUGCAAACCGGGAAACUCCACUUAUAGACACCUCGGGUGUGAUCAAGCUGGACAACCAAGGGAACCUGACUCUUGUUAAUGGUAGCGGCAAAGUCAUAUGGUCAUCCAACUCCUCGGCAACUGGUACAAAUAUGAAUCUUGUAGCACAACUCCUUGAUACAGGCAAUCUGGUGAUCAAGAAUGGAAAUGAAACCAACAAUGAAAUUGUUAUUUGGCAAAGUUUUGAUUAUCCUGGAGAUACCUGCUUACCAGGAAUGAAGUUGGGCAAGAACUUCAUAACUGGAAGAGAAACAUACCAGACAUCAUGGAGGAGUACAGAUGAUCCUUCCCCAGGUGAGUAUACAUUAAGUAUUUCAGCGGUUAAAGGUGAAUAUCAACAAGUAUAUAUUAGGAGAAGCUCUGCUAUUAAAACAAGGAUCGGGCCUUAUAAUGGCGUUUCAUUUUCUGGCCGGGCUAACUAUGCGCCUGAUGCUAGUCCGGCUAGUGUUUCCUAUGUGAUUGUCAAUGAGAACGAGAUAUAUAUCACUUUUAUUUCUAAUAGUAAUACCACCACCUUAAGAACGGUAUUAACUCCUGAUGGUAAACUUGAGAUCUUGCAGCAAAAAUUUCCGAACACAGAAUGGAUUCUGAUUUCCACCUUACCAGUAGAUUAUUGUGACAUCUAUGGAGUAUGUGGCCCAUAUGGGAGCUGUAAUACUGCCACUUCUCCUAAUUGUGGAUGCUUGAAAGGAUUUGAACUAAAAAACUCAGAUGAUACGAGUCCUGAUAAUGGUACAAGUGUUUGUAGGCGAGGCACAGCCUUGGAUUGCGGGCCUGGAGAGGGAUUUCAAAAGUUUUCAAGCAUGAAAUUACCAGACACGAAGAAUGCUGUCUAUAGUAGCAACAUGAGCCUAUCAGAUUGUGCGGUAGCUUGCAAGAAUAAUUGUGCAUGCACCGCCUAUGCAAAUCCAAACAUCACUCCGGGUGGAGUUGGGUGCUUGCUAUGGUUUGGGGAUUUGAUUGAUGUCCGAGUGUUCCCACAAAAUGGGCAAGAUCUUUAUGUUAGACUUGCGGCCUCAGAAUUAUCAGAUCUCCAUGCCAGCUUCCAUAGAAAGAAACGAGUAGUUAUGGUAGUUACUUUGUCAAUAGCAGCUGUGUUGACUUUGUUAGGCCUCAUAUUGGCAUUCUACAUCAGGAGGAGAUGGAAGAAGAAAUCAUAUGUAGAGAGAGAAGGUAGACCUAAAAACACCCUUAAUAAAGGUGAUAGCAGCCAGAUAGGAAGUGCAGAGGUUCCGUUGUUUAGCUUAGCGAAAAUAUCUAGGGCUACCAAUGACUUUUCGGUCGACAACAAGCUGGGAGAAGGCGGAUUUGGACCAGUUUACAAGGGUGUACUAGAAGAAGGACAAGAGAUUGCUGUGAAGCGGCUAUCAAGGUCCUCCGGACAGGGGCUUGUUGAAUUCGAGAAUGAAGUUAUAUGCAUUGCUAAACUUCAACAUCGGAAUCUUGUGAAGCUCUUAGGAUAUUGCAUUCAAGGCGAUGACAGAAUGUUAAUUUAUGAAUACUUGCCUAACAAAAGUCUUGAUAACUUUUUAUUUGGUCGGCCUCUCUUAUAA